AUGUCCACCUCUGACCCCCCUACAUGGGUCCCAUCCAACAACAUAGAAGAAUUCAAGCGGCAGUAUGAGGUCAACAUCAGUAAAAAAUGGGUUUCCCCAAGACGAAUUCCGGCACCCAGAUGCCCAAAUUCGUCUUUUGCCCCCAAAACCUCGUCUUUUGGCUCUGAGAUCUCGUCGUAUGUCCCGCUAUUUUUGGCCGCUCGUCAUUCGACCACAAAACGUUGUCCAUUUAGAGCUCCAAUUACGAAACCGGUCGUGCGACCUCAUUAG